GUCUACCGUAAUCUCUCUCUUAACCGCAGAGAGAGAGAGAGAGUUAACACUGUUGUCACCGUCAGAUCGUCGGUCGAAUGGUAUUCGACAGUUGGCCAAUCAGUACUUCUUUUCUUUUCUAUUGAUUGGCUUGGCCAAGCAGAACUUUGUCGUCUUCGUCACCAGUUCUCCGCCAUAAACCCUAAAUUGAUCAGUAUCGAUCAUACAAAUCCCAAAAUCACUGUAAUUCACUGAAUUCGAAAGAAAGGGAACGAUCAAGGGGCGCCAAGAAGAAAACAUGUUUGGUGAUCAAGAAGACACCCCCGCUAGGUAUGAGUUGUUAAGUAUGGUGAAGAAGCACUCAAAAUUAUUAGGGAAAACCAUGGUAGAUGAGGAUGAUGCUUCAGAUGUCGAAAUGGAUCUACGCUUUUGGCACGAUGUCAUGGACUUGUAUUUUAUUCGUGGUAGGGAAUCGAGGGGUCGUCAAGAUGAUGACCUCGUAUUCUUUGUUAGGAAAAUGAACUUGCAUGGCUAUGGUUUCAAUGACAAUAUUGAAGGCAACUCUCCAUACUUUGUACGCAGGUGGGCACCUAAGCUGAAUGUUUUAGUUGAUAAGAAUUCAGUAGAUGUGGAUUGGAGGCGCUCAUUUUACUUGAACUUAAUUGCUCACACUACGUUCAGUGUAACAGUGGCAAUAUGCAGUCAUCAGGUCCUCAAGAAUCACCAGAGUGGCGUAGACGCACAAUUGUCUUCUAUAUACAAGGUUGUGAAGACUGUUUAUGCAUCACCAAGUCGUGUCGAUUUUCAUUUGGACUCAACAAAGGCAAUAGAAACAACGCCUGCGUAUCCAGAUAUCUGUUUUGCAGUUGAUGACUUCGAUUCCACUUUUGAUGCAGUGGUAUUGACAGAUCCGGAUCACUGCUACUGUGUACUUCUGAAUGCAGAUGGUGGGGCAGCAUUUCCUAGUGAAAGGACGGCACACAAUUCCAGUUCUAGUGGUAUUUCAUCUCUGAACAGCGACACUGGUUCUGGAAAUACACAGAAGAAAAAGCUUACGCUUUUCUCAGGAUUUGUCAGCUACCAAAUGGUUCGAGAUGCAUAUGAAGCUGGGAAGUCUGGAUUUGGGAGCCUUCUUUCACUUGGACAUUCACCUGGGAAAACUGACAGGAUUUACAUGAAAGGCCCGGGAGGACGUGGAGAGGUGGAAGUUGCUGUUUCUGGUGUCAUAGAUCAAAGCAAGCAAACUUCAGGUCCUUCCUCACCGACAUCUAAGAGAGGAUUCAACUUUGGUACAUUUGUUCGUAGGGCUGCUUCCGUUGCAUCUGUGGCGGCAAAGCAUGCCUAUGCGGCUGCUGCCGCCACCCGGAGUCCUGAUGAUGAUGAGAUGCUUCCCCUCAAGUGCUGCUUAAUGUCUAUAUCAUUACCCUGGGAGCACAUUGCUCACGAUCUUUUGUUUAAGUUGAAAAAUGCAGGGAAGUCCUCCAGUGAACUUGUAGAACUACAUGAUGAGGAAAACAUUGAGGAAGGGACGAAAAGAAAAUGCUUCUCAGACAUGGAGCUUGAGAGGCAGUGGUUUUCCUUUUAUUGUUGUACGCUGUUUCUCCCUUCCCCUCUUGAAUAUUUCGGACUUGGGGUCACUUGGGUGAUGGGCCUUUAGUUGUGUUGAAUGUAUUGUAAAUGAUUAGUCAAAAAAUGGGGAAAUAAGACUUGUAUGUAAUCUGCAUGUAUUUUAUCAGUGAUCAAGUUCAUUAAUUCAAUUCUUUUCAUCAGGUGAAGAAAGU